CACUAACACACCUUUUUCCUUUCUCUUUCAAGCAAACUACAAAUCUGAACCUUCCUCCUGAAGAUCUUGAUUCAUCUGGUGAUGACGAUGAUGCAUUCUCAGGUUCAGGUGCAGGUCCCCUGACUGACCAGUCUCGCACCUGGAGAAUCCCAGGAGAGCCAACUAAUUCCUCAUUGCUGGUAACACCAAUGGAUUUCAAUGAACAGCCAUUUCCGGGGAUUGAGAGCCGAACUGAAAAGGAAGCAGUAUCUCCUUCUGCCACUAGUAAUGUAGUGACAGAGGAGCCAGUUGUAGCUGUGAAGAACGAAGUACCCAUCCUGGGCUCACCUGAUGAGAAACCAACAAACGACGCAGUGACAACAACAGUGAGAAGCCCCACUACUCACUUUCCUUCAGUGGUUCAUGUAACUCCUUCAGAAGCCUCAGGCGUGGUCCAUGAGCUCGAACCUAAAAUCCCUAGCUCUGAUGUGCCCGACACUAAAGAUGUGCCUGAGCCUCACUCUACCGUCCAUCAUGAGGGAGACAUUGCUGCCGCCCCCACAACGACGGCUCCACAGGACGUGGUUCCUACACAUGAGGAGGUUUCUGAAGAUGGCUCUGGAGACCCGGGAGACUUCAUCUUGACUAAAGAUGAGGAUUUGGUCCCCACCCAGAACUCAGAAGUGCUGGCUGACUCCGGGAGGAAUGCCAAAGCAGCAGGAGCCUCAGGAAUUAUGGACAGAAAAGAAGUUCUUGGAGGUGUUAUUGCUGGAGGACUAGUAGGCUUGGUGUUUGCAGUGUUUCUAGUUGCAUUUAUGCUGUAUAGAAUGAAGAAAAAGGACGAAGGCAGCUAUUCACUGGAUGAACCAAAACAGUCUAACGGAGGAUACCAAAAACCACACAAACAAGAAGAAUUCUAUGCAUAAACACUGAUCUUCAGGACAUUUCUUAUUCCAUCUUUCUUGGACUCUUCUCUCCCUGCACGUGGACCUCCUAGUGUGCUUUGCAUUAAACUUAAGCCAUAUGAUCAUUGGGUUGUUUGCCCUUACCACUUUGCCAUUGGAAAUUUUAUAACUACAAAGUAGAUCUGGAUUCAUUGAACAUUCCCUGCUUUCUUGCACAACUUUUUAAUUUUUUAUUUUUUUUUUCAACAGAAGUGGGACUCCAAGUUCCUAAACUCACUUUGGUUUAUCUAAAGACUGCUGGGGCAGGCGGUGGGGAGAAGAUAAGGGAGCACUGUGUGUAUAAACCUCUUGAUAUUUAGGGAAAGGGCUAGCGAGAAUAAACAUAUAUCAGUGCUCAAAUUCUGUAUAGCAGGGAUCCUUCCUAUUUAACUCAUAAACGUGUUUUAAGUGUAACAAAUGGCUGUGCUGGGCAGAUAUUUGGUACACUGCAAUCCUCUGGCUCUUUCUAACUCUUAUUUGGAGCACUUAAUGACUAUGAAACAUCAAGCUGAAUGUGAUCUCUAGUGAAAGGAGGUGUGAGGGGCAGGGUAAGCAAAUGACUGUCACGUGGUUUAAAGUAACUUAUAUUUUGGAAAGCAUUAUCCCAUACUCAGAAUCAGUUCCGAAGCAGUUGGUGCGUACACUAAUACAAAACAAACCCCAAAACUGAAGUGGAGAGUUCAUUUCACCAAUAGCAUUGGGCUGUCCCACUACCCCCUUGCUCUCUCUAGGCUUAGGUAAGAAAUAGAUAAUUUUUUUUUUUCUGGUUUUUUUUUUUCUUUUUUUUCCAAGCAGUCUCAUCUCAGGCAUUGCCUUUUCUAAGAUGCUGACUGUAGGCUGGGCUGUCGUGCUGCAAGUCCUCUUAGCCCCGUGCUACCACGUAGUGGCCAGGUGGCCCAUGGCGUGUGGUAGCCCCUACCUCUCUGCGCACUGUUUACAGCGGUUGUCUGGGACCAUGGUCUGCUGCCUGUGCCACAGGACACCUGGGCACACAGGGGUGGGAGGCAGAAAGCAGCAGAUCGUGACUUCGCAGCUAAGGAGGAGUAGAGAAGCGUAGCAUCUGAAACAAGCCUGGUGAAGGCUGAAGUGUAGAUGGCCUUAAAUAUAGAUAAAUAUAUAUAUAUACACAACAAUUAGCGUGCUUGACUCUCACGACUCCGGAACGGUUCUUCAGAAGCUGUUCCUGCACUUUGGAGAGAAGCAGCUCCAGGGAUGUCAGACUAGUAAGGGCCGAAAAGCACCUCCUGAGGAAAGUCUGGAUGCCUGAAGCUGUUGGUGGUCAAUGUGCUGUCCGAUGUGAGGCGCCGAGGCCUCAUUGAGGGUCUGGAGUUCUCCAGAAUAUCCCAAAAUUGAGUGAGAAGAAGAGUGUGGUGUUCUGCACAAGCCUUACUUCUGCUGUGCCUUUGGUUAGCUUCUUGCGAGUUCAGUUCCUCAUCACUCAGUGCAGAAGGUAUGGGGUGGGUGGAGGAGUGUUUACAACUGAUGUAAAUAUUUGUACUGUUGAGCCAGAGGGAAUGAAUGAUUGGAGAACAUUGCAACAGUUGGGACAAAUGUUGCACAUUAAAGGUAAAACUUAAAAACCUGUGUAAUUUAAAUGAAGUAUAUAACACUCCUCGGCUGCUACGCAGCUAAAAUUGGUGCCUUCUCUGCAAACCCUAGGAAAAAUAAAAAUAAAUGCCACUUCUUGAUUCCAAACUCUUCUUUAUGCACGAGGAAAACCUGUGCAUACGUGUAGCUAGCUGUUGUUAAGUAAAGCUGCAAAGUCCAUUAAGUCUCUUUUUUUUUUUUUUUUUUUUUACUGAAUGAAUUUUUAUAGGUUAAUGCAAUGACCAGAUGGUGUUAAUUUCAGCUGUAAUUCUUUGCUUUGUAUAGGAAUGUAGAAAUGUUUGAUAGGUUUAUCUAUGAAAAGGUUCUUGUAAAGCACAGGAAGAUAAAGUGGUAAACUUCAGUUGUACCUCAUAACCUUGCUGGGGGGAAAGGAAAAAAACUGUAUAUUUUGGUAGUAGAAACUGACAGUUUGUGAAACAAACAUGACAUUCUGUGUUAUUUAAGUGGUACAAAUGAAAUAUGAGUUCUAACAGAAGAUGCAACAUUUGGUUAUCUGUAUGCCAUGCAAAGGUAUACUGCAAUAAAUGGCAUUUUGGCAAGAAAGUGCCUAAUCAC